AUAAACAUCACCAGACAGAUCUACAAUUCUCCAAUCUCACUCUUGUUAGCUGUCUACUUCACUGUGUCCGUCGUCUUCUUCAAUUUCAGAUCACGGAUCCAGACAACAACAUUGGAGCUGCUUUCUCUCUCUGCAAUCCCUUCAUUCUCUUGAUUUUCUUCAGAUCGGAAGGUAAGUAACCCUAAUCUUCUUGGAGACGCAAUUUCUCAUUUGGUAGGCUGCGCUGGGAAUCAUUUUGGGUUUGGGAAAAUUUUUAGUGGAUUCAGGGUUCUUUGAUUGAUCAAUGAAAGAACCGAAUUCAACGACAGAUCCAAUUGGGCAAAACCUGAUAAAGCUGAUAAGUAAUGUGUGCUUCUCAGUUUUCGUGUUCUCGGUACUUAUUUUCACUGUAAUUGCCAUCACGUACCAGCCUCCCGAUCCCUGGGAGUCUUCCAGAGCCCUAACUAGGGUUUUCACCGAAGUUGAGAACGCCACAUUUCAAACGGAUACUUCUGUCCUCAAAACUGGCGAAGAUUUAAUUGCUGCUGCUGCUACCCCGGCGGUGUCGCCGGCACUCUCGGCGGUCCUAAUCACCGAGGCGGUGAUUGAGAAAUCGGAAGCGAACAUGACUAAUUUGACAUUGCCAUCGGGUUGCGAGGAAAUGUUGGUGAAUUGUUCUGAUCCGCGGGUUUUGAUAGCCAUUGAGAGGUUUAAUUUGAAGCUUUUUAAGGCCAUUGUGUUUCUGGAUUAUCAAACUCCAGUUAAUGGAUCGAGAGCAGGCGAGUGUGAUGUGGCGUGGAGGUUUAGAAAUAAGAAGGAGAAGUCAUGGAGGAGAUAUAGGGAUUUCCGAAGGUUUAGAAUAGGGUAUAGUGAAAAUUGCACCUAUAAGGUGGUUGGUGCGAGGGGCUGGCAUUCUGGUGUGAAUGCCCGGAGGCCAAGGAUUAGGCUUAACGCAACUAGGAGUGGCGGGCGUGCUGUAGUUCCUCCUCCCUUUCGUGACGAUGAGAUCAAUGACACAAUCCCUGUUUUGGGUUCGGAUGCAGCUUUUAGAAAGGGGAAGUACUUGUACUAUUCGCGUGGAGGGGAUUAUUGUAAAGGAAUGAACCACUACCUUUGGAGCUUCUUGUGUGCUCUCGGGGAGGCUCAGUAUUUGAACAGAACUUUUGUGAUGGAUUUGAGUCUUUGCUUGUCAGGGACUUAUACUGCUGGUAAUAAGGAUGAGGAGGGAAAGGAUUUUAGGUUCUAUUUUGAUUUUGAGCAUUUGAAAGAAGUGGCAUCGAUUGUUGAAGAGGGUGAAUUCCUUAGAGAUUGGAAAAAGUGGGAUAAGACGCACAAAAAGAAAAUCCCAGUCAGAAAGGUUGCCAGCCAUAAGGUUACACCAAUGCAGCUGAGGAAAGAUAAAAGCACAAUAAUUUGGAGGCAAUUUGACGCUCCUGAACCAGAAAACUAUUGGUAUAGAGUUUGUGAAGCCCAAGCUGCCAAGUACAUUCAGAGGCCGUGGCAUGCUUUAUGGAAAUCAAAGAGACUGAUGAAUAUAGUUUCUGGGAUUAGUGGGCGUAUGGACUGGGACUUUGAUGCAGUUCAUGUGGUUCGAGGAGAGAAAACACAGAAUAAGCAGCAGUGGCCCCAUUUGGAUGCUGAUACAUCGCCAAAUGCCCUCCUUCAAAAGGUUAAAGGGAUGAUCCAACCUUGGAGGAAUUUGUACAUCGCCACCAAUGAGCCAUUCUACAACUACUUCGACAAAUUGAGGUCUCAAUACAAGGUUCAUUUGCUUGAUGACUACAAGGAAUUGUGGGGGAACACGAGCGAGUGGUACAAUGAAACGAGGCUUUUGAAUGGCGGCCGUCCUGUUGAUUUUGAUGGGUACAUGAGAGUUGAAGUGGACACUGAAAUCCUCUACAGAGCAAAGACCCGGGUGGAAACAUUCUAUAACUUGACCAGCGACUGCAAGGAUGGGAUCAAUACAUGCUGACCAGACACGGUUGGAUAUACAUUUUAUCGCUUCCUCUUUAAGUUGUGAUGCAUAUUAUUCCAUAUUGAAUUCAUGUCAGUUUUGCAUUACUUGUUUGUUCAGUUGUUUGUACCGGUUGGGUUAUAUUGUUGAACACUUCCAUCUGUAAUAUCAAGCUUGUAUGCACGCUGUAGAUUUACACUUGUGUUA